AAACAGCCCUACACUUUUGGGCAUUGAGAAAUUCAUUUCUAAAGAUGUUGACUCAAAUACAUCUCUGUUCCCUAAAAUUGAAUUUACGCAUUCCAUCUCAUUCCAAAAAUACAUGGAAAAAACGAAAAAGAAAAUAAAAUAAACCCUCCAUAAACAAAAGCGCAAAACCAGGCGCCAUAGAGAGAGAAGCGUAGAACAUGAACAGUAAAGCGCUGAAAAUCCUGCUCUCCCUCUUCACUCUCAACUCCAUCUCUCUCUACCUCUACUUCUCUUCGCACCCCGACAACCACCGCCCGCCGCCGUCCCAAGAACGGCCCACGCCGGAAGAUCGCUCCCCGCCCCACCAUCCUCUCUCCGUUAAACCCUGGCCUAUACUGCCAUCCUACCUGCCCUGGUCGUGUGACGGCCAUAAAGCGCCUCCCCAAUCGUGCGAGGCGUAUUUCGGGAACGGGUUCUCCGAGCGCGUCGAUCCUUUGAGACCCAGCGCAGAUCCCCACCGGAAAUUCUCCUCAGCCAGAGGCGGCUGGUUCAGGUGUUUCUACAGCGAGACACUCCGGAGCUCGAUAUGUGAAGGGGGCAGGAUUCGGAUGGAUCCCGAUAGGAUUUUCAUGUCCAGAGGUGGGGAAAAUUUGGAGAGCGUGAUUGGGAGAGGGGAAGAUGAAGAAUUGCCGAAUUUCGCAAGUGGGGCUUUUGAAAUUGAGGCCAGUGACAGAUCGAGAGCUGGGGAGAAGUUGGUGGACGAGGGUUUCUUGGAUAGAUAUGUGCCACAAGGUGCUAUUGGCAGGCAUACCAUGCGUGCUCUGAUCGAUUCAAUUCGGAUACUUGAUGCCUCUGAAUUCGUUUGCUCUGAGUGGAUAGAGGAGCCAGUUCUUUUAGUAACGCGUUUCGAAUAUGCAAACAUGUUCCACACGGUUACAGAUUGGUACAGUACAUAUGUAGCUUCCAGAGUCACUGGCUUGCCCAAUCGGCCACAUUUGGUUUUUGUGGACGGCCACUGUGAGACUCAACUAGAAGAAACAUGGACCGCAUUAUACUCAUCCCUCAAAUACGCCAAGAACUUCACCUACCCUAUCUGUUUUCGCCACGUCAUUCUUGUCCCACUUGGAUAUGAAACCCCUCUAUUCAAGGGCCUCACCGAAAACAUUAACUGCCACGGAGCCUCGGCCCACGAGCUAUGGCAAAAACCCGAUUCCCACAAAACUGCCCGACUCACAGAAUUCGGCGAGAUGAUACGCGCCGCCUUCGGAUUCCCAGUCGACCGUCACCAAAUUACCAAAACGCCCUCCGCAGGCCUCAACAUCCUUUUCGUCCGGCGGGAGGAUUAUCUCGCCCACCCGCGUCACGGUGGUAAGGUCCAAACGAGGCUGAGCAAUGAGCAAGAAGUUUUUGACAGUGUAAAUAAUUGGGCCUCGAAUUAUUCGGUCUGUAAACUAAACGUCGUAAAUGGGCUUUUUGCCCAUAUGGCGAUGAAAGAGCAGGUUCGGGCCAUACAGGAUGCGGAUGUUAUUAUUGGGGCGCAUGGAGCGGGCCUGACCCAUGUAGUGUCGGCGGGCCCGAAGGCGGUGAUUUUGGAGAUAAUUAGUAGUGAGUACAAUAGGCCCCACUUUGAGCUGAUUUCGCGGUGGAGAGGGUUGGAAUAUUACGCGAUACAUCUUGACGGGUCGUAUGCAGAGCCUCGAGUGGUGCUUGAUAGAUUGGGCAUGAUUUUGGGAAGGAUUGGGUGUUGAAGGUGGUGUGAAAUUUCGGAUAUUUUUGGUUCGAUUUUUAAUUUAAUGGGAGAAGAGGGACGAAAAUGAAAGUGGAAGUUGAUCUUUUAGCAAUGGGUGGGUAUAGUUGAGAGAGAACAUGAGGGCGUUGUUUGGUUGUAGCAGGAAGGUAACACGCGAAUGUAGGAUGGAGGAGCUUUUUCCUUCUUUNUUUGUACCAUUUU